CACUGUUGAAAACAGGGGGGAGUGUUGAUCUAAACACACGCUGCCUGCUCUUAUAUACAAAAUGUAAUCGAAACGUAAACACAAAGGCAAAAUGUGAAAAUUUUAAACGUCCGUGGCCAAACGUUGAGGAUUUUGUCCCAAAGCUAUAAGAAUGACAUCCAUGGAGUAUUUUAAAACCGAAAUUGAACGGUUAAAUAAAGAAUUACAACAGACAAGUUGCGAUAAAAUAAGAGCGGCUGAGUAUGGCUUGGCUGUCUUGGAGGAGAAACAGACUCUUCAGGAACAAUAUGAUGAAUUGGAAACUGUUUUUGAAAAUACAAAACAAGAACUUGAAAACUCAAAAGAGGUGAGAAUAAUGACUGGUAUUUUAUAGCAUAUUUAUAGAGUUUUUGGGACAAUAUUUACAGCCAAAGUAGGCUGUCCAUUUAUAUGAAAAUAUUGCUCUAACAUGUUCAAUUUCUUUACAUUAAAAUAAAAAUACCUUGCUUUUUGCUUUAUAUUAUGCCUUAUAAAACUUUUCGUGUGUUUAUUGUUAUCAAGGGAAAUAUGGCAAUGACUUUUGGGGUUAGAAUAUUUUUAGCUUCUAUAGUUUAUACUUUGUACCAGUUAUUUUUCAUGUCAACAUGUAGUAGCCAUCAAUACUAGCGAUGAUAAAUAAUUUGAAAUCCAUUUAUAAUGAGCGUGUUUUGAAUAGCUUAAUUUCCUUCAAAACGCCGCACUAAGGUGAUUUAGAGUUACUGGUUUGUUUGUGUGAUUUAAAACUUGGUUUGGGGUCUAAAGAUAAUGGCAAUGAAUUGAUGAUUACGGAUGUAUGUUUGUAUGAGGUAAAGAUCAAUGAUUUGACAAAAUCUCUUUUGAAUGGCUAAAAACAUGUGUUGAAAUGUAAUACAUUAAUUAAUGUGUAAACAGUUGGAGAUCGUUGUAAUGGAUUUCAGAGCCGUCAUGAGGGGAAUUUGAUGCUUUAUAUCUAGUAUGGAUGUAUCAAAUUUAUCCUAUUAAUGCUAUUAUAUUCCAAUAGUUCUAGAAUGGAAUUGAAAUAUUGUACCAUUGAAAGAAUAUUUAAAUUAGAAGUUCAAAACUUUUGCAACAUUUUCCAGUUCAAAAUUCACAGAAAUAUUUGAUUCCAGAAAAUUUAAUUCCUUGUAAUACCAGAUAACACAUUUUUUAUCAGUAGUAGCCUGAAUAUAGCAUUUAAAGUAAAUUAAUUGUGUAAACGUUCUCUGGUUAAAAAAGAUUUAUUUAUUAACAAGCUUUCGACUGCCAGUCUGCAGUCUUCGACGGGUAGAUUUAUAAUGUGUAUUAUUAUUACAUUAUAAAUCUACCCGUCGAAGACUGCAGACUGGCAGUCGAAAGCUUGUUAAUAAAUAAAUCUUUUUUAACCAGAGAACGUUUACACAAUUAAUUAUGAAUCCUGGUUUCGCUUCCAACAUUUUUAAAAGCAUUUAAAGUGUUCACAAAUAUAUUCUCAUUGAACUCCUUUGUCAAAUUAGCCCCUGUCCCCUUCUAUUAUAAGUGAAAGCUAUAUUUUGGUUGGACACCAAUAUGGUUGGGUCUGACAAACAAUAAACCUCAGUUUCACUUAGUUCCACUAACUUUUGCCUAAAAUGUUCUGAACCCAGAAGGCUUAUUGUAGUUAUUGCACUCUAUUUGACACCUUAUGAUGUACUUCUAUAUUUUUAGACAGAAGGUGUUCACAUUAACAAGUUAACUUGCAUCUCUCUUGUAGGCAUUAGAGCAACUUAAAUCUGAGCAAUCAAAACGCAAUCGCUUCGGUGAUGUACGUGAAGAAAGCUUGGUGCAGGAAAGCGAAACAAGGGAAGCUGGACUUCUGGCAAAGAUUGUAGAUCUUGAAUCUGACCUGAAAAUUUCAAAGAAAGGAGAACGUCGGGCUGUGAGUGAGGUUGAUAGACUCUCAGCUCAAAAUGGCGGUCUCCUUAAGGAAGUUGAAAAACAACAUGAAGAUUUGAAGAAGGUGAAAGAAAUUCUGUUAAUUAACCUGUUCAUUGUUUCACAUCUCUCUAUAAUUAAUCCAUUAAGCACCAGCGCUCUUCUCUUGAUGAGUAAAAUCAUCUGGCAUUAGACAGAGUAAAGUAACAAAGUAGGGCGCAAUGCAAUUCAAUGGGUUAAUAUGAACAGUAUGAAAUAGUCACUUCUCUAAUAAGAGACAGGACAAAGUGUCUGUCUUAGAGAAGUGAGUAUGGGGCCAUUCACAAAGGAUGUCCGGCCAAAUGAUGGAUUUUCAGACCCCCUCCCCCUCUUGUCCGGCAUUGUCCGAAUUAGUGACCCUCCCCCCGGACAUCCGCCAUGCCUCGCAAAAAACUCAUGCAACCUUGUAUAUAUCAAGAGUAAAAAACUUUUUUUACUUUUAGAACUUUUUAUAACUUUAAAUGUGAACACAAAAACAUAUAAAUUACUAAUUAAAACAAAAUCGAGUGUUAACCGCAUAGUCAAAAUGCCAAUUUCACAAUGGGAAGGACUGCUCAAAAUAGAGGGAAAAAAGAAAUUUGUUUUUGAAUUUUUUUAAAUUUCGGACAUCCGGAUUGCUAAAAAAACCCCCUCCCCCUAUGUCCGAGUUUGUCCUGAUUUUCCAACCCCCCCCCCUUGGCUCGGACAUCCUUUGUGAAUGGCCCCUAUUUAGUUUUUAGUUCUUGCUGAUGUCAUAUUUUAACUCCACUGAAAUAUCUUGCAAUCAUUUCGCUGCAAUUUUCUUCUUCUGAUGGUGUGAAUGUGUGGAUGAGUUAUGAAAGUUCAGACCAGGGUACAUAUACUCAGAACAUUCAUAAUUCAUCUACUUGUUCAGCCGCAUCAGAAGCCAAAAAUCACACUAGACAUCACACCAAAAAUUGCAAGUGUAAACAGGCCAUAAGUGAGCAGUAAGGCAUGUUUAACACACCCUACUCUAUUAUUUUACUCUGUCAAAUACAGUACCAUAUGAUUUUACUCAUCAAGAGGAGAGUGCUAGUGUCCAAUGGGCUAAUUAACCCAUUAAGUGCCAGCGUUCUCCCCUUGACGAGUAAAAUCGUCUGGUGUUAGACAGAGUAAAAUACUAAAGUAGGGUGCAUCAGGGUGCAAUGCGACUCGAUGGGUUAAUGAACUUGCUUGCACCCUACCUUAUUUUUUACUCUGUCCAAUGCCAUAUUAUUUUACUUGUCAAGAGGAGAGCACUGUCCUGUAGGGAGGGGUUGACUAGAGAUGUCCACAAGUAGAGGUGUAUUUAUCUAUUUAUGUAUUUAAUAUUAAGGUCAAAGGAGACUUGCGCGAGUUAAAGACCCGUAAUGCAAGACAUAAUCAAGACUAUUCUGAACUGGAAGAAGAGAACACCAGCCUGCAGUCGCAAUUAUCUGGCUUGAAAUCAAAACUGGUCGAGUAUGAAGCUUUGAAAGUCGAGAAUAACACAUUGCGAGAAGAGAUGGAUGUGAUGAAAGUACAGCUACAGAUGUCUACAGGGAAAGCAGAAGAGCAUGAAAAACAGUUUAAUGAGACUUUGGAUACCUUAAAAGAACAACGCGAACGCAACAGUCAAUUACAGAAAGAAUUACAAGAACGGAACCAACAACCGUGUGCUGAAACUUGGGACAUGGAGAGCAAGGGCCUUUUGAAUGAAGAUAUGUCAGAUGACGAACACCCAUUGGUUAAACAGAUCACAGAGGAGUACCAUCAGGCUACUGUGGAACCGAAGUCUCCCGCACCCGGACUGGUGGAUGAUUUGAUGAAGGAACUACAGUUCUCGGAACUACGAGACCUAGAAGACCAAAUGGCGCAGUUGAAUUCCGAGAAAGCUGCGCUUACAAACGCGCUUGCGCAACGUAAUAAGGAGGUGCUGAAACUCAAAGAAGAGUUCAGUGCAUUCUCGACUAUUCAAGAUUCUCAGAAACUUCGUAAGGAAAUCCAAGGUGGGAAUGCAGCCCCUGCUUCGAACGAUGUUUUUGUUCUAAAUAAUCAAAUUAAAGAACUCGAGGAACUUAAAAAGAUUGUUAAGAACUACCAUCAUAAGGAAUCUAAGGCUCAGAUGGUUAUUAAAAACAUGCAUGUCGAACUAGACGAAGUACGUGGUAAAAAUGCGUCCUUACAAGGCAAGGCCGAAGAGGCGGACUUCUUGUGUAAUAGAGUGAAAGAAUUGGAAGAAAAGAUUUUGAAUUUGAAAACUAAGGAAGAAGAAUCGGAUCAGACUAUCAGAACACUUCGAGAAGAUGUUCAAUCUAUGACGUCACUUGCGGGCGAGGCUAAAGGGAGCCUAACCUGCACACAGGAUGAGUUGAAGUUGGUUAGUGAAGAUUUAGCAAAGUUGUAUCAACAGGUGUGUAUGGCAAACGGCGAUACCCCGAACCAGCUUGUGUUGGAACACCUUAAGACGCUUUCACCUCGAUACAAAUCAACUAAACCAAUCAAUGGCUCUCCGAUUAUGAACGGAGACAUCCGAAAUAUGUCCGACGACGAAAAAACUGUCACCGUCAAAAAUGGCGACGACCGAAAAGACGACGAACACCCCGAGGAGCCGGGUGAUCCGCUGGCCUGUUACAAACUUAUCACCGCCGUCCGCGAUCAGGUCCGUUUCCUAAGAAAAGCUGUCGAGAAGACCGUGGAUAUCUCGCGCGAACGUCGCGAGGAGCCCACGCGUCCCGCGGGAAGCGAACACGAAGUAGAUGACCUCACACCCGCGGACGGGGGGUCACUUCAAGACCAAGUCUUAAAGCUCCAACGGCUUGCUGCGACAAAACGGGAACAAAUUACAACCCUGCGUACUGUACUCAAAGCAAAUAAAUCCACAUACGAAGUAGCUUUAGCGAACUUGAAAAGUCGUUACGAAAGCGAUAAAGCACUUCAAAACGAGGUCAUCACGAAGCUUAAACGCAAUUUGAAAUCGAUGCAAGCCGAAUCGGCGACAUUUCAGUCGCUACGCAGCAUGUUCGCGCAGAGAUGCGAGGAUUAUGUAGCGCAAGUUGACGACCUCCAGCGACGACUUACGGCCGCAGAGGAUGAAAAGAAGACAUUAAAUCAUUUACUGAGACAAGCAAUUCAUCAGAAAAUCGCACUCACGCAAAGAUUAGAAGAAUUCGAGUUGGCGCGAGAAAGAUUACGCGCGUACACGCGACGAAACUUUAAACAAGUGCAGUCGAAGCCGAGCACGCGUGUAUAGAAACCGUACCUUGCUAGAGGGUUUUUAGUAAUGGGGAACUUUAGAUGUCGGUAGCUGUUAGCUAAAAUUCUAGCCAUGUAUCAGCUGUGAGUAAGAUAGUGUUUCCUCUUUUGUCAUCUAUCACAAAAGAUCUAGACAUUUUGCCAGUGAAGUAUACGGAGACAUGUGUGUAGUCUGGUGACUAAUUUCAAACCCUUUUUGCUCUGCGUUUUAUAUAUCUAAGAAUAAGAUAAAUUAUUAUAUACACUAUAAUAUAGACUGUAUAGUAUAUAUUGCCCAAAGACAGCUUUUUAAUGUUUUUAUAAACAUAUAUAGUGAAAGUAUAAUGCAUAUAGAAUGAAAUAUACUACGACAAAACAUGAAACAGGGUUGUUGUGUAAUAUAACAUUACUACAACAGUAAUAACAAGUCGUGCAAAUGCUAGAAACGAAAGUUUAUCAAAAGUUUAAAGUCCAAAGGUUUGAGUGUCAAAUUAUCAAUUCCAUUCAAUGUCAAGUUUAAAUGUUCUAAUUUCCAUCGGCUUCAAUGUAAUCUCAAAAUCAUCGGUCGGGACCAGAAUUUUGUUUCGUCGCUUAGCUCGUUUCCAUUCCACUGUAUGUUGGCGCUGACUCUUCACCAGGUUUGCACUGAGGUUGAGUUCAGUGACGGCCAAGAUGGUGAAAUCUUGAAACAAACCUUUCAAUUGAACUGUGACAGCUUUUGAAAGUUCAACAUCUUCACCCACAGCAAACUGAUGUUCUAGACGUAGCAACACAGACUUGUCGAAACUUUCUAAUGUUAACAGAUGAACAUUUGCUGGUAAUGACCGAUUCAAGGCUUGGUAACUAGCUUGGUCAUUACUACCUGCUGAGAAAGCUAGCGAAGGACGUAACAUUUCUUCCUCGCCAACAGCGCGAUGUAAUUUUGCCGACGAUUUUGCUUCUUCAACUAGAAGUAAAAGUUUCCCUCGGACAAUAAGACCUCGUCCGUUAAUUCCUGGUUCAUUCAAGGCUUCAUUAACACCUCUUCCAUCAUCGUGGAGUAACCUACGAUGUACCAUGAACUCCAAGGAACCAUCUUUUAUACUCGAGCCUCCUAAUGAGCGGUCUGUCAUUAUGGUCAGUUGAACACCAGACUCAUCUUUGAUGUAAGCUCGACUGUUGACCGGGUAAUAGUUCCCUGCAACAGGUUCUGUAUCUAAUGAAAAAGAUAUGGGAAAAUGUUAGCUGUGGUGAUGGGUUAACUGUCAACCCCUAAGCCAGAGGAAUGGCCUGGAACGAAGAGGCUUGGUUAACCAAACCUUAACUUUUCCUUAACCUAAAAUCUAACCUCAAGAGGAACGAUGUUGCCUCAUCCUAACUUGAACCUAACUAACCACAUUAUAUACCAAGAUCUACUCACUUUGAUAUGUCCAUGUCGGUCGAUAAUUUCGUUUCCUUAUCUGCAUUUCUCGUCCAUUGGCAUCUGUGUAGAAAACACCAUUCGUCUUCAAACUUGUAUCAAACCUCGAAAUCACUUCUUUUCCAACACGAGGGGACGGAGCUUUUUUAAUUGGUCCAACAGUAUAUUCAAAUUCAGCGUACGGUUUGUUUGAAUAUAAUCUAACAGUCUGACUCACCCAAGGCGUAAAAACUUGAUGCACUUCUUGUAAAUCCUUGCUUUGAAAAAUGCUUAUCUUUGCCUUGUUCCCAAGACUCACGUCGCUCGGUUUAUUUAAUUUUGGGUCAAAUAUAUAAGCCCCCGAACCAUUAGCCUCGUACCAGUAAAAUUGCUGGUCAAUUGAUAGCGUUAUUUUGGAUUUCAAAUUUUCGACUUCAACCAGACGCCCAGUGUCAGUAGAAAAUGUCAAUCGCAGAUACUGAUUCUCGAUAGAAUAAUUACUGUUUGGAGAAAGCUCUAGUUUGUUAAAUCCUGACCUCUUGUGAACAUUGUGACCGAAAACAUCAACAUCGUCGCGUUUCCUUUGUUUAAGGACAGGUGUUUUAUAGCCUGACAUUUUAGGAAAAUUAGGACCAAAUUUUACUUCAUACAUAGCUAGACCAAGAGGAGGAAGAUCGCUAGCUGGGAAGACCAGCUCAUAUGGGGCGUUUCCACGCUUACCACGGACAUAUUUGGUGACAUUGGUCACUGGUAGCACAGUAUACGAAACCUGUGUACCAUUUGGUCCAAGUACUCUGACCGACAGACUUGACACUGGGAUUCGGAUGUUGGUAUCGAUAUUUCGAGCAAUGGGGUUGUAUACGGUGAUAGUAAAUGAUUCAGUGACCUCUGAAGCAGGGCAUAUACUGAUAUUGAGGUGGUCACAGAAUGUAUAUUGGAUAUUAGCGUCGACAUGUUGUCGUUGACUGACUUUGUUCAGAGCGGAGUUGAUCACCAUCUGAAAUAUGGCAUACAAAAUAUUGUUGAAAAUCUAAGCAUUCU